AUGGCCAUAAGGGAGCUCAAAGUUUGCCUUUUAGGGGUAAGUGGCAGAUGUUUUUGUUGAUCGUAUUGAGGGGGAAAAUUCCUUCAGUCUGCUGCGUUUGGAACUAACCGUUAACAUAUUGACGUUAACGACGCAUUAACAGCGGUUAGCGGACUCGGUAUCCUUUAAACACCGGCUUCUUUUUGUGCUUUACAGUGUUGUUCUUCGUCAAAAAAACUUGUAAAUGUAACUAUUGAAAGCUAGUUAAGAGAAAAAACUCUGGGCCGGUGGGCGCAGCAGCCUUUUACUUGAGUGUAACCGUCGUGCACAUCUACAUUCACGGUUAGUUACUUCAUAUUUUUGUGCCGUUAUUAUUUUUUAACGCUCACGACGUCAUCGCGAGACCAACCGCUGCGUCCAAGCCGUUAGAUUUCCUGCUGCGUUAGCAAAACGCAGACAGUACCAGGGUGAAACAGAGGCGCUUUGACGACAAAAAAUGUACUUUUACAUGAAGUUAAGGGGAACUAAUAACUUUUUGUGAGUCAUGCAAAUGUUCACCAGGCUUGUGCAUUCUACUUGCGGCGACUGACAUGCUUACAAAGUACUUCUACAGCUGAAUGAGGUUAACUGGAGGCUGCCCGUACUCCCAAACCUUUUGUUACCAUUAAAACCCAGUGUGUUGUUGUUAUUUUGGGCUCUUAUGUAAGUGAGAAACAGGCAAGAUAGACUCAAAGUGCAGUCCUGGUUGUGGGAUUUCUGGACCUACAGGAACCUAUUUGUUAGGGUGAGCAUGUGACCAGACAGUUGCCUAAUCAAUAGUGAUCAAUAGUGACUCUGUGUCUGUGUGUGUUCAGGGAACUGCUGCCAGUGAUUCAUUUUUUUUCUCAUUACAGGACACAGGAGUUGGGAAAUCUAGCAUUGUGUGCCGGUUCGUCCAGGAUCAUUUUGACCACAACAUAAGUCCCACAAUAGGGUAAGAGAACUGAGGUACCAGUCACAAAGACAGUGCAAAAAUAGGGGACAAGAGAGGCAUUAUUCUUGAUCCUUUACUCCUUAAGCCUCAAAGUCUGACUGUCCAAAAAGACUUUUUCAGUUUAAUCAUGUCUUAGUAAAACAUAAAGAAAUAUCAGACAUAGGCUACUGUAUCUUCAAGAACCUGGCUGAUAUAUUGCUUAAGGCCAGUCCUAAGUGUAUUGCCAUAUUUGUCUUACUGAAACCAUAUUGAAACGUGUCGUGAGGACAUCUACAGAAAAUAAUGCUUCAGAUGGUUUCGAGCUGAUGUCAUGUUGUGGUUUCUCUCGUAGAUCCUGCCAUGACUCUGAUAUUUCAGCUCAUCUGCAGCACAGCAUCAAAACUGUGGAGGCAGUAAUCUGUGCAAGAAAUGAUUUGACAGUGUUUAUUGAUGGUUAUUGCUCUUUUACAAAGUUAUCCACCAUAUUGGUAAUUGGUGGUUAUUCCUUGAAAAAAGUAACAAUAACAGGUUUUCAAAAUCCCUCAUUUGUCAGUUGCUUCUGUCAAGUAAUGGUUGAAUAAUAAUGUUUCUACAAGCAAAACUUUUUUACAAUGCUCCCCGAAAUAAAAAAAAAUAUAUGGGGAUUAAGUUAGUCAUACAACCACUCCUACCCAUUAAAAACACGAAUAAGAUGUAACUUCAUUAAUGGUCUGUGCAUAUUUUUUAAAGUAAUGGUUCGAGUCACUAUGACAAGUUACUUGAAGAGUAGCAGCUGCACAAUGCUCUCAUGGUGAAUUAUACCAAUUAUAUUGUUGUAUUUAUGUUGUGAAUGCUGCCUAGAAGGACCAUAUUUUGUCUUUAUUUUGUGAAAUCAACAGAAAGUGUCAGUGCAAGGUUAAGAGAAUGAUUCAUAAUGAGGUAAAGUUUUUGCUACUUGUCUGAUGCUUUUUGGCUCACUGAUCCAACUCUGCAUUAGUGUUUAGUCUUGGGUUAUUUUUACACUGCUGACUUCACCUCACUCAUUUCCUGCACCUUUUGACACUCACCUUAUUUUGAAAUACUCUCUACCAUCCACAGAGCGUCAUUCCUCACUAAAACAGUGCCGUGUGGAAAUGAGCUCCACAAGUUCUUGAUCUGGGACACAGCAGGGCAGGAAAGGGUGAGUGAACUACAACAGAAACUCCUCAUUCGCUGAGGAGUUUAUUUUCCAUGACAUUAUGCAUCAGUAAGCAAGCGGUGACACAAUCUUUUCUCUGUCAGUGGUCCUCAUGACAUGAAGUUAUUAAUAGGUGUGAAACAGGAUGAUUCACACAUAGCAUAGUGAACUUGCAGAAGUCCUUACAGCUCUGAAAACUAAUUAUAUUGUUAUCUUGAGUGUGGAAGAGAUAUUUUGAACCUCUGUUACCAGGGUUUAAUGCAACAUCUUUAUUCUUUUAACACAGUCAUGAUGUUGUUCUGCUCUAUAACAAAAGAUUUUGGAGGUUCAUUAAAAAGUAUGUGGUGACAUCAGGAUCAAAUUUAUUCAGUAGAAUUUCACUGUGAAGUUUCUGACCACUUGGGUUGCUAUGCAGCAAUGUUUUGCUUAUUGUUUGUGUUGCACGUGUUGCCACAAGCUCAGGGGUGAUGUGGUACACGUUUCUGCUGACUACAGGAGGGAGUUUUGUAUACCAUCGGUUGGGGUUUGUGGUGAAGGGCUAAAAAGUAAAGAAAACAUAUGAAGAAUAUCUGCUUUGUAAAUUCAUCCUGUGUUAAGGGCAUUAAGAUUCAGAUAAUGUGCGUGGGUUUUGAUGUAAUGUAAACAACACAACAACGCCCCCUUAAGCUACGUUUAAUCCCAGUUUAAUCAGAGGCUGUGAGAACAGUUCAGAGCUGGAGUAACCUUUCGAGUGAGUUUAGAGGAGUUGUAAGUAAGUCCCUUUUUCCAGCGGCCACUCAUCACUGAAGAAUGUAUGUUUAUGCUCCACUCACACCUCUGUACACUGCUAUAGUCCUUUAUGGGUUGACAGUUACAUUGUGCAGGAUGUAGAUGUUCGCAUUCAUGCUUUGCAAUUGAACACAUUUGAUAAUACAUGUCUUUUGUUUUCUAGUUUCACUCAUUAGCUCCUAUGUACUACAGAGGAUCGGCAGCUGCUGUUAUAGUCUAUGACAUAACUAAACUGGUAAGUGUAAAACAGCCCCUUCUUUCUUUAAAAAUGACCAUUUCCCCAUAAAAACAAGCCUUUCUACCUCCAUUUACACUCGAGUGCCCUUCACAGUCCCAUUAGAGCGGCUGUUUUGUUCACUAAAUCCCGGGAGUGUUUAAUGUGUGCAACUGAAGACGCUGGUUGCACGAUAUAAAAUUCAAUUACUUUUCCAUCACUCCAGGAUGCUUUGCUUCCAUGACCUACGAAUGUCAUUCUUUCCUGGUCUGUAAAUGGAAACUAGUCUGAAAAUCACCACCUAACACGAUGAAUAAUCCGUGACACUCGUUGUAGAAAAUGUUGCCCAUAUUAUCACAAAGAAUCUAUUCCUGUCUCUGUGCUGGUUUUGUUCAGGACUCUUUCCAGACACUGAAGAAGUGGGUGAAGGAGCUAAAGGAACACGGUCCAGAAGACAUUGUUGUCGCUAUAGCAGGGAACAAGAAUGACUUAGGAGACAUCAGGUGAGAUAAAGACUCUUUUCUUAGUCUGUCACAGCUGGAAACUUUAAAAGUAAUGUGUCCAUAUCUAUGCACUACAAAACCACCUCCCGAUACUGUACAGUAAGUUCUUUCCCUCUGAUUAGAAAAGUACAUCUCAGCAAAACUGAAACGCUUGUCCUUGUUUGACAUUUGACAGCAGACAAGCUGAGGAGCUCCCCCAAAGCUUUAUUAAAGGAGUUUUUUUUUGCUGGCUCCAAAACAUAGCAGUGGCUACGUAAACAGAUUUUUGUUUAGACAUUCUUUGUUUCUCUGUCGCUCACUGAAAGGUGGAACCACACUAAUGUGAAACAGAGAAAACACUUGAGUCUGUUUCAAGAAUCUUAAGGAAGAAUGACACCACUUCAACAUAUGACUAUACUCAUAACAGAAACCAUUUCCUGCCAUCCUCGAGAGUAAACAUGUUUAUAGAUGCUUUAAAUGUUGACUUUUGAUCUCCUCCACUAACUUAGGUGAUAUUUUUUCUUGUCCCUUUUGUUUAGGGAAGUUCCGAUGAAGGAAGCGAAGGAAUUUGCUGAAUCGAUUGCUGCCAUCUUCAUUGAGACUAGUGCCAGAAAUGCUGUCAACGUAGAGGAGCUCUUUCAGAAAAUCAGUAGGUUUUAUGUCUUUCUUUGGUGCACGCAUGUUGCACCUUUUGUACUUGCUGUGUUGCUGUGAAAGAGAGGAGGCUGUUGGAAGAUGACCAAGAUGAAUGAUCUUAAAGGUGUAUUGUGGGCAGACAUGGACGUAUUUGGCGAUAGCUUGUUUUCAGGUACUAAACUGAGUCUAGACUACAGUUUUUGAUGAUGUGUGCCAUGUCUUCAAAAAGAAGACUACCCAUUGUGGUAGAAUUAAGUCUUUUGUAUGCACACUUAAUAUGACUUAUUUUCUGAUUUUAUUUGACAUAUUUAGACUUUAAGUAUGUUUUUUUGCCCGGUGUGGAUUAGAAAACUUAAUUUUCACUCAUACAUUCGUUUUGAUAAAUAAUCUUAAAGAAACACACAUUUGAUUAAAAUUAGCUUUUAAAGUUUGGAUGAUUUGGUUAAGCAAUAAGUGUUGUCUUUAAGCCAGUAAACAUAUUGUUUUAUUUUGUGACUGUUAUGCACUGCUAAAUACACUGCAUUACAAAUAUUAACACACCCCUAUUAUGUGUAAGAAGUGAUCAAGACUUUCUGUGCUGUGUGUUCAGGUAAACAGAUUCCCCCCCUGGAGAAUCCCGAGGUGGAAAGCAAUGAGUCCUUCAAAAUCACCCGGCAGCCCACUCCGUCCACCAGGAGAUGCUGCUAG